CAAUCGAUAUUCGACGAACUUCAAGUUGACGAUCAUAACCUCUAUAAUAACGACAACAUAUAACGAAAACGGAUAACAGUUUAUGAACGCGAAUUUUAGUUCCUUAUGAGAAUAUAUUAUUUUUAAGCAACCUUCGUUGAAAAAAAUAAUCGUUCAAAAUGCAAAUGGAUCCAGAGUUCCUUGCAAGGUUGAUACCCCAAAACAAAGAUGUACGCCCAGCUUGUAAGAAAUGUGGUUAUGCCGGUCAUCUCACCUAUCAAUGUCGAAACUUUGUCAAAGUUGACCCCAAUAAAGAAAUCGUCCUCGAUGUGAGCAGCACAAGUUCAGAUAGUGAUGAGAACUACAUAACUCCAUUGACCGAGUUAAGAGAAAAGGAAUUAAAGAAGAAGCUGAAAGAAGUGAAGAAAAAAAAGAAAGAAAAGAAAAAAAAGCGUAAGAAGAAGCAUAAGAAGAAAGAAUCCAGCGAUUCUAGUGAUAGUGAAAGUGACAAUGACUCUUCAUCAGAUUCAGAGUCCGACUCUGAUGAAGACCACAAAAAGAAACACAAAAAGAAAAAGAAGAAGUCAAAGAGCAAAAAACGAAAGAAACAUAGAAAACACAGUUCAUCUGACAGUGAUGAUAGUAACAGCGAUAGUGAUAAUCACUCUCAUAAGAAAAAACGAAAAUGAUUCUAUAAUAUUUUGCGAUUGUAUUCAAAUAUAAACUGACUGAAUAUUCAUAUUUCAUAUGAACAUAUACUUUUUUACAUAUGUACAUAGUUAUUUUUCACUUUUAACUUCAUAAUAUAUUAAAACAGAAUUAAAUGAACAAGAAACUUUGUUUAUGAAGACUUUUUUUAAGAAUGGAAUAUUUUAUCUUUGAUUACUUUUAUUAAUAAUGUCUUUUUACACAAAUACAUAAAUAAUAUGAUGAAAAACCAAC